AUGGAAAAUAAAGUUACACCUUCAGUCCUAUUUCUUCUAUUGGCCUGUUACGUCGAUGGAGCUUGGGCUUAUUUAAACGUUGGUGGUAUCAUUGGUAUUGCCAUUGGCUGUUUCAUUGUAAUUAUCGUUAUCCCAGUUUUAAUUUGUGUCUGCUGUGCAGGCGCGAUAGGAUGCGCUGCCGCUUCUACAGGCCCACCAACAACUGUUGCCGUCAUUCCGGCUACUCACACUACCACAACUGUAAACUAUCCGCCAAUGUAUAAUCCCGGAAUGCAGACUGCACCGCAGAAUUUCGGCAUGGCCCAACCGAUGGGUACGUUUCAACAGCCGCCGCCGCCACCCUAUACUUCUACUUAUAUAAAUCAACCCGCUAAUACCGUUAUUAUCAGCUAUCUUCUUUCACCUAUCUUGUUAGUUAGUUCUGGUGGUUACAUGUUGUGCGAGUUAUUUUUUUGGUCUAUAUUUGUGACGAGAGUUUCUAAAAAAGAAAGAAGUUCUAGAACUUUGAUCCGCGGUGCAAAUACUGGUAGUGUACAAUACGUGAACAACGAGUGUACAUUACGUCUAUCUCAAGGAUUAGAAUCACACUUAGUACCAAAAAUAAAGUUCUUAAGAGGCAAAGGAAGAACUAUACAAAGUAACUUAGCAGAGGUUGCCAAGGGCGUGCCUAUCAACGUAACGUUUGGACUAUCCACUAGAGAGCUAUCGGCCUAUCACACUAUCAUCGCAGUAGCAAAAACGAGUUCAUUUAAAAUUGCUGAUUAUUAG